AUGUCUUCAUCAGCACCAUUGCCACGCACAGCCAGCGAUCUACUGGCCUCUUAUCAGAACUACGAAAACCACUACAAGACGGAUCGAAUUUCCCUGCGAGUGCUCAUACCACACAUCUACUCUGGCAAAGUCAUUGGCUCACAAGGAAAAACCAUCCAAGAGAUUUCAAAGUUUUAUCAAGUCGUUCUUCAGUUUUCCAAACGCGAGUCUUCACGUCAAUAUAAGCGACUCUUAAGCAUCAGAGGCAAGGCAGAUAAUUGCGCCAUGGCAUGUACAAAUUGUUUUGAACUGCUCAUAUCAAUAUUCGAUGACCCAAUACUGAGGGGCGUCGAUUUUGUACUGCCAGAUUUAUUUAUCGAGCAUUUGAAAGAAAACAAAGUGUUCCAAGAAAUGGCAAAGCAAACAAGCACAGAAAUCAGAAUCAUGUCUAGCUUUUUACCAGAGUCAACUGAGCGCAUUGUCCGCAUAUCUAUACCCAUUGGCAGCAAAGACGUUCAGGGCUUUUACCGAGCUGCGAAAAUGUUGGCACAGCAACUCAAAGAGAACAUAACACUGUACAUGUGCGCACCAGACAACAAGUUUUAUCAACAAGAGGAAGAGAAUGAGCUGCUGUUCACAGAUGAUGCUGCACACGCUUCAGACCAAGUAGAGGAAAUCUAUUGUGAGCUGACCACCGAGGCACAGCAAUACCUGCGAAUGGGAUAA